UGGGCGAUUCAGUCGUCUAACGGAGUUCAAACCAAGCUGAGCUGGAAAAGUUCUGGUGCUAAGAGCGUGGAAAAUCCAACGAAUAGUCUGUCGUAAAAAUUUAGAAAAAAAAAAUCACCCAAGUCAUAAACAAGUGCGUUCUAAUAAAAAAAAUCCAUUUACGAGUGCUGUGCUGUGGGCGCAUUAUUUUGUAUGCAAGUGCAUAAAAAUUCCAACAGAAUAUCAUACCGAAAUCAAUAGGGGAGCGCUCAACAAAUCCCCCCAUCAAUUGUUCAAACCACUUGGGCAGUGUUCUUGAGACAUGCAAAAGUAGCCAGUGGAGUGUUAAAAAAAAAUCCAAAUAAAAAAAAAAAAAAAAUCAAAACAACUACAACUAAAACGACAACUUGCGAAACGGAUUUUUUCGAGUGUUUUUUUAUUUGUUUGCCGCCGACGACGUUGCCGCCUCAACAAAAGAACUUUGAUCCUACACGAUUGUAACGAAUGAUUUGUAUGAAUUUGAAGGUAUCCUUGGAGCUGAAAGGAUUAAGCAGUCACAUACUUUACGAGCCCAGUUAUCCUACAAGGAAUAAUGCUCAGGCUUUUGCUGGUUCAUGUAAUAACGAUAUGUGUGCUAAUAACUAAUGUUAAGUCUGGUGUGCCAAUUGGAACCGGCGGACCUUCAAUAAUUUUGGAAGGCAAAGAUGCUUUGUUAACCUGCGUAGUCUCAGAUAAUUCCUCGAACAACACAGUAAUAUGGAAGAAGGGUGACGAGAUCCUGACCGCCGGAACGGUGCGGGUAACCAAGGAUCAUCGCGUGCGAAUCCUGCACGAUGAAAAUCCCAAGGGAAAGAACCUGGACGGGGGAGAAGUGUGGGUGCUUUUGAUUAAGGGUCUCAAGCCCAGCGAUUCGGGGGCGUAUGUGUGUGAACUCAACUCGGAUCCCGUGCUGCGCAGCAUUCACAUACUGACAGUGAAAGAGCUGCAUGCGUCGACGGGUGGGCCGGGAAAUGCGACGGAUCCCUCGACCGCGGAGUCGAGUGACGUGUUCCUGCUGCCGCCGCCGCUGGACGCGCAGGACAAUCGGAGCUUUUGGCGGCCCAGCCAAGUGCCGCCGCUGGUGACGCACGACUUCACCGAGUGCUGCGAGCGGGCCAAUGUGUCCACGCAGUGCAUGGGCUUCUGCAAUGUGCACAACAUCCUCGACGGAACGACGGGCAUCGAUCCGGAGGCCUGCGAGCGGGACUUCCCCGGCAUUGUUCGCUGCAUGGCCGAUGGCCGCAACCAUGUGCCCUGCUGCGUGGACAAGCAGAUUCCGGAUCUCUGCCAGGACAUGUGCCGCGGCGAGUACACUCCAUUCACGGACAAGCUGAAGACCCGCGUUUCCUGCGUCCACCACACUCUCAGUGGGCUGCAGUGCAUCUUGAAGGGUGUGCAGCUGAUACCCAGUUCCCCGACAUUUGUGACCAUCGAGAAUGUUAGCGAGACGAGUGUGAGUGUGGGCUGGACGGCGCCGGACAAGCUGGCGGAUCGGGUUUCCGGCUACACCAUCAAUCUGACCACUCUGCACAGCUUCGACGAGGAUGAGUUGAGUGGCGAAAUAGUUCAUCGGACGGCCGCCGAUUCCCCGGAAUCUAUUAGCCUUCAAAUGGUGCCCGCGAAUCAAACCCAGUUGGUUUUAAAUAAUCUCAUUCCGCUGACCAUGUACGCUGUAAUUGUGACGGCCACCAAUGAAUUCGGUUCGAGUCUGCCCAGCGAGAGGUUGAGAUUCUUCACCCAUACAAGUGCCUCGGCGGCGGAAUCCCAAGCGGGAACCACGGACAAACAGGCGAUGCCUCAAAUUCCAGAUACGAGGCAAUGUUGCGAGGACAAUGGUAUGACCCACCGAAUGUGUCUGGACAAGAUGUGCGAUCCGCAGAAGACCGAUCAGGCCAAUCUGCCCGAUUUUAUGGUGUGUGCUCCAUGGUCGAAUAUCACAUUCAGUUGUCUGGCCAAUAAUAUCGAUCAUACGCCCUGUUGUCGUGCCAGGGGAAUCCCUUCAGCUUGCUUUCCCCUUUGUGCUGGAAAGCUGACCUCGCUGGACUUUAGUUUGUUCAAAUGCCUGCGCUUCAUGUCCGAGUACAACAGCUGUCUGUUCCAGGGAUACGGCGUGCUGGCCGAUCCGCCGUCAAAGCUCCGGACGGUGGCCAAGACGGACAACUUCGUGAUUCUGGACUGGAACAAGCCGAAGCGACUGGCCGACACCGUCAGCACAUAUCACGUCAAGUUCCGUCGGCUGGGAGUGGGCGAUGACUAUCUGACCGUAGAGAAGCGCCAGCCACCGCUGAUUCUCGAGGGUCUCGAGUCGGACAUCUACUACGAGUUCUACGUGGUCUCGAUAAACGCGUACGGCAAGAGCGAGGCCUCCCCGCGGCUGAUCACCCGUACAUUGGCGGCGGAGCCGGUACAGCAGACAGCCGCCAGAUACAACAUGACGUCCUGCUGCCAGGCAUCGGGUCUCCUGCCCCAGUGCGCCCCCCUCUGCUCCUACAACAUUCGAUUGUCCGAUAUCGAGCGACUGGGUCCGGCGUGCCGAGCCCAAAUGCCAAUCCUGGCCCGCUGUGCAGCCGGAGGACGUGAUCAUAGUCCGUGCUGCAGUCGCCGCGGCGUCAUUAACGCCUGCAUGCCCCUCUGCCGCGGCGUGAUGCCACUCGCACUGACCACCAAAUCGGCGGCUGCAGCGGCAACAUCAUCAUCAUCAUCAGCAGCAGCAGGAGCAUCAUCUGCAACAUCUGCCAACAGCAACAGCUACGGCAACGGCAACGGCAAUGCGGCAGCUGCAACAUCAUCAUCGUCUUCAUCGGGAACGUCAAGCAAUGUGCCCGAUUGUUUAUCAUAUGCCGGCAACAUUCUGCAGUGCUUCGAGGAAGGCACACAGAAUAUCCCAGGACCGCCGGAAGAUGUGCAUGCGACAUUUGUGAACCAAAGUAGCAUCAGUUUGGCCUGGACGCAACCCGAUGCGGAGAGGGCGAGCAACAGCAGUGGCAGUGCAACAGCAUCGCCAGGUGACAUGGUAACCGGCGAUGAACUGGCAGCCGGUGCUGUGGAUCCUGGAAAGGAUGUGCCUGCGUCUGCGGGCGAUGCCACAAGUGGGACAACUGGAACGGAGGAUAUUGAAUUCAUCGUGCAAUAUGGCAAAGUCAAUAACAUGACCAUGUACGAGACAGUUGCCAAAUUGGAAAAUGAAUUGACCACCAAUGAGACGAGUAUCGAUUUGACGAGUUUGGAUGCGAAUGCCUUGUAUCGAAUUACGGUUGUGUCUCGUGGAAAAUUUGGCACAUCGCUGCCGGCAUCGAUGCUUUUGGUGAAUACCACCAAUCAGCAGCGGGUCGUCGAUGAUCGGGGAGACGGCGUGGCAUGGGGAGCCCCCUCACCACCACAUUCGCUGACGGUGGUCGCCCACAGCGCCACUUGGAUGCAGCUCACUUGGCAGCCGCCCGAGUACGCCCAUCCACACGAGAGGAUUACCUACAGAGUGUACCACAAAGCCAUGAGGGCCGAGCAAUUCAUAAAGAUUGAAACGAAGCUGGCCUGGCUGCGGAUGAACAACCUGAAGCCGAGCUCGCAGCAUGUGCUCUACGUGGAGGCGGUGGGCGAGAGGGGCGACUCCCUGCCCUCCGAGACGCUGGUGGCCUGGACGGAUCCUGCCCUGCCCGCCUUUGUGGAUCCCCCCACUGUGCAUCCGGCGGACAACAUUCCGGAGGGCGGUUCCAUGACCAUCCUCUGUCUGGCCUUGGGCAACCCCGCGCCCACCAUCUCGCUCUACGUGGGUGGACAUCUGGUGCGGCAGGACACCUCACGGCACAUGGUCACGGUCAUUCACAACGUGUCCGCCGACAUGGAGCACGUCUCCUGCUACGCGGACAACGGCUACGGAGUGCCCAUGCAGGCCACCAGGAGGGUUAACAUAUGCUAUCCACCCAAAAUUCAGGCAGCUGGCAUAACCGUGGCCAAUAUCGGCGAUGAGAUCGAAUUGCGGUGUACUGUUGAUUCAAAACCAGCGCCGAAGACGAUUUUCUGGAGGGAAAAGGAUGGAAGGGUGCCCGUCAUAAAUGGCGGCAACUACUUUAUAUCCGUCAAAGCCAAUGAAUCACGUCCCUCGAUUUAUACGAUGUCGUUAAGGAUCAGCAAGCUGCAGGCCAACGAUGUCGGAGAUUACUUCUGCCAUGCGGAUAAUCCGUUUGGAGCCACCACCACGCCGGUUUCGGUGCGUAUACGCAAUACGCCGGCGCUCAAUCACAACGUAUCGCAAUGUUGUGCGGAGCAGAAUGUUACCAUGGGAUGUCGCAGUGCCUGCAGCUAUUAUGUGGACUUCGAUGCCAUUGCGGAUCGUCCAGAGUGCAUUGUGGACUUUGACAAGCUGAUGAGAUGUGCCGCCGAUGGAUCGGAUCACAGAUCCUGUUGUGCAGACGAACACGUUCCCCGGAAGUGCUUGAAUUGGUGUCGCGGUGAAUCUGUGCGAUCCAAGGAGAUUUGCAGCUUGCAGUAUUCCAGAACCAUUGUGGGUUGCUUCGAGAAAAAUCGCGAUCGAUUGCCAGGACCUCCCGAGAAUAUUGUGGUCAGCGUGGUGUCCGAUAGUGAAGUGAAUAUAAGAUGGGAUGCGCCGACAAAGAAUCCAAAUGCCGUUGACGGCUAUAGAAUAUUUUACCAAGAGGCCGCCGUACUGCCGCCAACGUCGAGCUCAAACUCCGGCUCUCCAGCCUCGGAUCCCAGUUCCUCGGUGGAGAACUCCGGCAUGGAUACCCUGGCCGCCAUGAAUAAUGCAACAAGUAUGGGCGGCGGCAGCAACAACGCAAUGGCUGCCCUCGAGAUACGACGCAUCGACGUAAAGGACACAACAAUAAGCAUUAAUGGCCUCAAGAAGGAUGUGCUCUACGAGCUGGUGGUGAAGGCUGGUAAUAGCUACGGUGCCAGCGUGCUCACAGAUCCGAUUAGGUUCACGCUCGGCGAGCACCAUGUGACCUCGGCCACCAGCAGCUACUCGAGUGCCGUGGGCACCAUCAGUGGCAUUGUGGCCAGCAUUUUGGCCAUUCUCCUGGCUGCAGCCGCCAUUGUGUUCUACCGCCGGCAGCGCUCCAGCUACGGAAAGUCGGCCAACGGAAAUGUGGCAUUCGAGAAUCCCACCUACACCAGAGGGCUCGAACAGGUGCAGCUACCCACUGUCACAUCGGCCAUCACGACGCAGAAUGGCAACCACCAUGGGAUGAGCAGUAGCAACAACAACAGCAACAGCAACGGUGGCAACAGUCACAGUCAUGGUCGUAAUGGCAUUGCCGCCACAAUGACGACAUCCACAACGACAACGGCGCCGACGGCAGCGGCAUCGGCCACCUCGGCAGGUGUCACACUCACGGGGAACAACCGGCAGCACCACCAACAGCAGCAGCAGCAGCAACACCACCAGCAGCAGCAGCAACAUCAGCAGCAGCAGCAGCAACAGCAGCAGCAACACAAGAGUGCGGCAGAUGCGGCGCAUCAUUUCCACAACCCGCUCAGCAAUACGCAGUGCAAUGAAGUAAAUCCCACAAUUUAUGAGGAGCUCAAACUUGGCCAAGAAGGUGCUGGAUUUAAGAAACUUGUGCCAUAAACGAAGCACAAUAACAAUAACAACCACAGAGACAGACAGCACAUGACAACAACAACAAAAACCAUGAACGAAAACAAACCAAGUAUAGCUAGCGAACUUAUAUAUAUAGAUAUAUAUAUAUACUAUAUAUAUAGAAAUAUAUACGCUAAAUGUAGACAUAGGCCGUGUAAACAGCGCGAAGCGCAACCUCAAACAACUACACUUACACACACACACACACCAAGAAACACACAAACAAAACACAGACAUUGACAUAGCACACAAACAGACAUACACGCACACGUAGACAGUGUGUACUGUGACAUCUUUACAGAAUGCAUUGCGAGAAAAAACGUUGGGUAACAUAAAUUUUUGCUUGCAAAAAUCUUUUGGGUAGCGUGUAAUAAGUAAUAAAUUUUUAGUAUGUAACUGUGAUUCAACCAGAAAAAGACAAAAACAUAACGAAACGAAAACAAUGUAAAAUAAUUAACUAAUUGGUAAUGAAAGUAAGCAAAACUGAAAACUGAUUGAGAAAAAAAUACCAAUGAUUAGUAAAAAUCUA